AGACUCUUCUUCUUCGUUUUCUUAAUAUUAUUGUUAUUAUAUUUCUUCAUUUUCAACCACCUUUCUUCUCAUCGGCGGUUUCCGGUCGUAGCGUGGUGGCGGUUCCGGUGGCCGUGACAGUUCUUCUGACAAUUUGAUUUAACAAGAACACAGCGAAAAAAAAUGGCGUACAGGAGAAGACAGGGAAUGGCGAGAGCAUCAACGUUCAAAGAUGAAAUAAGUCAUAGAGAGCCCGAUGAACAAAAAGAGCAUAAUAAAUCUAUGUUAAAGUCCUCACAUACUUUUAAUUCCACCUCAUCUCUUGCCGCUCAGGCAAUCAGAGCCUCCGCUGCUCAUCGUGAAUCUUCUCUUUCCUCCGCUUACACCGCCGCCGGUACCAGUACCGGAGAUUCCCUCCCGCAGAAAUCUAAGGUGUUUGAUGCUUAUGAGGAUUCGUCAAUGGGAAGCGAUUCGAAAGGGUUUUGGGGUGUUCUUGCUAGAAAAGCUAAAGCAAUUCUUGAAGAUGAUAAUAAUAUGCCACAACAAUUACAAACAACUACGCCUUCCAAAUCAUCUCGAUUCCAAAUGUCCGAUCCUUUAAGUGAAGAGUCUCAGCAGUCUAAUUUAGCAUCUGAGAGCUAUAGGAGAGUGGAUAAUCCGACAAUACGGAAGGGUUUGGAUAGACUGACAUCUUCGCUAAAUCAGAUCGGUGACAGCUUUGAAAAGGCUUUCGAGGAAGGUCGUCAUAUAGUGGAAAAUAAGACAGCGGAUAUCAUACAAGAAACUCGAAGGCUGCAAAUUAGGCGAAAAGAUAGUCAAGCUUCUGGUGAAAAUCUGAUGCAACACAUUCAGCCACACAAUCAAAUGAACCAUGAAGAUCAGUUGAAGGCAUCUCGCGACGUUGCUAUGGCAACUGCUGCAAAGGCAAAACUUCUCCUUCGUGAACUAAAAACAGUUAAAGCAGACCUGGCUUUUGCAAAACAAAGAUGUUCGCAACUAGAGGAAGAGAAUAAAAUGCUUCGGGAGAAUCGCGAAAAGGGUGGAAACCAUGCUGAUGAUGACUUGAUUCGUCUUCAAUUGGAGACACUUUUGGCUGAGAAGUCUCGUUUGGCACAUGAGAACUCAGUAUAUGCCCGCGAAAACAGGUUUCUGAGAGAAAUAGUUGAAUACCAUCAGCUCACCAUGCAAGGUGUUGUUUAUUUUGAUGAAUGCACUGAAGAAGUAACUGAAGUGUACCCUAUUACAAGGAUGCUAUCUGUUUCUCCACCCUCUCCCAUUUCUCCACCCUCACCUUCCGAGAUCGAUGAGUCUGCAACCCCAUUUGUGACUAAGGAGAUAUUUCCUGUUCCCGACCCAGCACAAGAAGAUCUGGAUUCAAGAACUGAUGCCCCACCAAGGUCUGAUUUGCACAUGCUUGAGGAAGAAGAGGCAAUAAUUGUGCCAACUAAUAAUGAAGAAGUUACAAAAGGUAAUACUACAAUACUUGAGGAAAUUGCAAAACCAGCCAACAAAUCAUCUCCAUAAUUUAGGUGGUUCCAUUAUUUCUAACAAAAAGAAAUACUUGUGAAUUAUUGGUUCUUCUACAUAUUUUUUCUUUCAAUUUGCUUCCUUUGUUUAGAUUUGGAAGAAGGGUGCAUAUGAGUGAAUGCUCUUUUUGUUAUUUAUUAAUCCCCAAUUUUUUGUUGAACAUAUAUUUUUUAUAAAAAGAAAUCUUUGUUCUUUGUUUCACUAUUUUAAGAACAAACCUCCA